CUUGUUUGCUAUCUUUAUAAACAAAUGCAGCAGCAGCAAACAGAUGUGAAAGUAUUGUGACAGUGACUUGGAUUUUGUGCGCGCGAGACCUGUGUGGCUGCAAGGUGACACUAUCACCAUCGAUACAGCAGCCACAGCCUCCGCCUCCGCCUCGGCCGCAGGCGGAUGCAUUUCCAUCUGCAGCCAAAAUAACAUUACUUUGCGCGCGCUGGCGACCUGGUGUAGCUGUAGCUGUAGCUGUUGCUGUUGCUGUCUGUAGCCUGUGGCCUGUGGCUUGUAUGUGGCUGCUUCUGUCCAUGGUACACAGUCAGCCAGAAGAGCAUCAUGAGCACCAUUGGCAACGGAAACAACGGGAACGGCAACGGAAACGUGAGCCUGAUGCAGGAUAUCCAGAACAAGUACUCCUUUCUGGAGAACCUUUUUAGCAAGUUCUGGAAAUCCAUCAUCAAGUCAAACUCCUCGCUAAAACUCCAGCUGCGAAACAUCAAAUGGAAGAACCCAAAGGCCACGCCCGGCUGUGCCUAUCAGCCGACAGAGAUUGAACAGAUGGCAAAUGUGAUUACCCAUGGGAUGUGGAUACUGCCGGCGCUGUUUGCGGCCAUCAAGCUGUUCGAGCGCUCCACCAACGCCAGCCAGUAUCUGGUCUCGUGGGUCUACGGUGGCGCUCUCUGCAUGCUCUUCACCAUAUCGACGUUCUUUCACUGCUCCUGCUACUGUGCCGAACACAAACUACCGAGGAACUACAAGGCCUGGCCCGCCUUUGGCUGGCGCUCGUAUCAGGGACUAAAGAAUGUUCUCCACCGGUGCGAUCGGGCCAUGAUUUAUGUGUUCAUUGCCGGCUCCUACUUCCCCUGGCUGACGCUGGAGAACACCGACCACUCGGCCAUUCUCUUUUGCAUGGAGUGGGUCAUCUGGCUGAUGGCUGGGGUGGGCAUAGCCUACCAGCAGCUCUUCCACGAACGCUACAAGUGCUUGGAGACGUUCUUCUAUCUGGUGAUGGGACUGGGACCCGCCCUCGUUGUGGUUCUGACCGGCCACCACUUCCAUGGGAUGAUACAGCUGAAAUACGGCGGCGCCUUCUACAUACUGGGCAUUGUGUUCUUCAAGUCGGAUGGGCUCAUACCCAUGGCCCAUGCCAUCUGGCACCUGUUUGUGGUGCUGGCCGCCGGCUGUCACUAUUAUGCCAUAUUGGUCAAUCUCUAUCCCAGCGACAUUGGCAUCAGCGAUUAAAGUGGCGCACACUGCGCCCUGCGGAGAGAAACAGCGAAUUUAUACCUUAGAGUACUUAACGACAGGGAUUCGGGUGCGAUAUACUGAUGUUGAUGUUGAUGUAUGUAUGAUGUAUUCGCUUUGUAUUCGAAGGGUUCUCGCUUUUGUCAGCCAUUUGUAAUGUGUUCCUUUGAACGAUAAUACGGUAACACCCCCCAACACCCACCCAAGUCACUGCUGCUCCACAGUUAGCCAAAUUUUAUGACGCCAAGCCCUGGGCCCUGGCCAUGGCCUCGGUGCAUGGAAAUAGGAAUAAUAGUUGUAGCCUAGAAUAACGAACGACUAAAAACAAACAAACAAAGAAACAAAAAACUAAAAUCGAAACGAUUCUUGUGAUCAGUAUCUGCGGUCUUGCCAAAGAUUCAAAUUAUACGUGGCUCAUGUCUCUACUUCUCUCAUCCUAAUAUACGUUUAUACAUAUAUUCUAUUAUAUACACAUAUACAUAAAAUACAAUAUAUAUUGUAUACUACUAUAUUAUAUACACUCUUAGACCGUAGCGUACUGUACAAAAUUAGAUAUUGAUAUUCAUUACAUGUACAAAUAUGUACAAUAUGCAAAUGGUAUGCAGCCAGACAGGCAGACAGAUUUAUAUACAUGCUGCACUGUACUGUGCUGUGUGUGCACACGUUUUAGCUAUAUGUUUCUCAAAGACUUCGACCAGACGAAAGGCAAGAACCUCAGACCCGAAAAUCAUAAGCAAACAAACAACCAAAAA